AUGAAGAAUAAGAUAUCUUUGAAGACUACCUUUGGUACCUUCAACAACAAUGCUACACCAAGAUGGGGAUUCGGACCCACAACUGGACAAGCAGAAAAUAGGCCAACAAUCUCAACGUUUGGGCCUUCAACAACAAACCCUUUCAACACAACUCCAACAACUACCAACUUUAACUUUGGACUCGGUACCAACACCGCCGCCACCACCAACCUGUUUGGAACUCAGACUCCCGCUGCACCAGCCACAGUCUCCACGUUCAACUUCUUCACGCCUGCGCCUACAGCCACAGCCACUACCAAUGCCGGUCCAUUCCAGUCUCUUACGACAAACAAUGGAAGUACCCAAACAAACUUGUUUGGCAUGGCCACAUCACCUACAACCGGUACUGGCAACCCUCCUUACAAACAGACGUCUGAUUUGGAGACCAUAAAGGGAGAGCCUACCAAGUUCUUUAUCAACUCCAUCAGUGCAAUGAAGGAGUAUAAGGACAAGUCUUAUGAGGAGCUCAGACAUGAGGACUCAAAGAAACCAGUUGGAGCGUUCCCCAAUCCUUUCCCAAGCUUCUCCACCACUGCGCCAACUGUAACGCCAACACCAGCGCCAUCUGCCUCUCCAAAUGCGUUUAGCAAUUUACUCUUUGGCACCAACAACAACACUGCUGCUCCAGCAGUUACACAAUCUACAUGGUCCAACCCAUUCACAACCAAUACUACUACGACUACUACCAACCCAUUUGAUGCCAACCCUUUCAAAACAAAUCCAACUAUACAGUUCAACAACAAUACAACAACAACAACAACAAGUCCAGGUUCAAUCUUCAACAAUCCAUUCAACACAACAACGUCCAAUGCUUUGACACUAGGCAUGUCAUUCAUUGACCAUUCAAUCAAACCAACACCAUUGCCAAUAUUCAAUAUCAACAACGGCAAUACCACACCAACGUUGUUCAAUCCUCAGACUUCUAUGUCACUCAUUACUCCAGCGGCAGUAUCUACUACUGCUCAGGACCCUAAGACAUUCUCAUGGCUUACCAGUACAUCUGCCAACCCAGUGUCUACUGCUCCUGUCCAGACCACCAAUACCUUUCCCAACAUCUUCCAGACCGGCAACACUUCCACGUUGUUGUCAAACAACACCAACGCCAACAACACCAACAACACCGCUCAGGUGUCAAUCUUUGAUAAGCCAACAUGUGGCUGGCCCACAACAACACCAACAUUUACUUGGACAACACCAACUUCCACAACGUCCACGUCAACGUCAACAACAAAUGACAAGCCAAUUUACUCAAACUGUUGGUUUGGAUUGGCUGCCAAUUCUUCAUGUCUGGGUAAUAACCAGACCACUUCUACAAUGAUUGGGGCGCUUGAGCCAAUCGCCCAGCCAACAAUCAAGUUGAAUGAUUCCAUUGCCUCCGAGAACCCCUACUUCCCAACGACCAAGGCCCAGACCUUGCCCAAGGUCCUCUUCACAGCAACAAACAAUGUUGCCCAGGUCAUCCCCACGACCAUCACUUCAGUCGCUGCAACUGUCCCAGCCACAACAACUCCUCAGGUGUCCACAUCCAGCACCACCUCCACAUUGCAGUUGUACACUCCAAGAUCAACCACCAAGUUGGUUCCACGUAGAUUCAAUGCAACCCAGGCAUCCGAAGCACCAGCACAACCAAUUAGCAAUAGCAGCCGCACAACAACAACAACAACAACAACAUCAACAAUCACGUUGGAUGACUUUGUUACCAAGUACUCAAAGAGUCUCACAGUUAGCACAGCAUCCGAGACUGCCGCUUCUCUCAGGAAGCCAGCUCAGUUGUUCACUACUGCUAAACCAACUGGAGAUGUUCAACAACCAGCCCCAGUGUCAUCACGUAAAGUCAAGGUCCAUCAAUCAAAGCCAGUCGUACAAGAGAUCAAGUCCAAUCCAAAGGCACCAAAGUUGACCCUCACUGGAUACGCAUGCCGUCCAACUAUUGAGCAGCUCCAAUCAAUGUCUGAUAAUGAGUUGGCCGCCGUCAACAACUUUUAUGUUGAGCGCAUUGGAUAUGGUUCAGUCUUGUUCCUUGGCAAUGUUGACCUUAGAGGACUCGACCUGGAUCAACUCAUCGUAUUUGAGAAGAGAGAGAUCACCGUCUACCCUGACGACUCAAAGAAGCCAGCCGUGGGAGAGGGUUUGAAUCGCAAGUCAAUGAUCACACUCCAAGAGUGUUGGCCACAGAACAAGGAUGGAACAUUCAACAAGUCCGAGAAGCAUUUCGAACUCUACACCAAGCUCUUGAAGAACAGAGAGCGACAAGGAGCACACUUUAUCGAUUACGAUGGUAACGAGGGAGUGUGGCGAUUCAAUGUGGACCACUUCUAA